AUGGUCUUUGAUAUUCUUUCUGCCCAAAAUGCCGAGGAAGCCAUGGAUUUAGCCUAUUUUGGUAAGGACUAUGAGGAACCACAGAGUGAUAAUGCCACCCGAAAAGGAAAUCCCAAUUUCGAUCAUGAAAAGACACCCAACAUCAACCUCCAAUUUAAUGAGGUAGUUGGAAUAAGUCGUAAGGAGGCGUUAGACACUUAUUAUGGGGCUCUCAAAGCGGCAACCCAUUGUGAUGCUGCCGGAGUUGGUGCCAAACCCGCUCCUAAAUAUGAUGAUCCAGACACAAAAGAUAAAAUUGAUAAAGGCUACCAGUUAGCCACGGAAUUUAUAACUGAUUAUGAGGAAUAUCUCGGCGUUAAUGUGGAUAGCCUUGACAAAACUAAAUUGGAAGAAAUUAAAGCCAAGUUAGAGAAGUGA